AUGUUACAGAAUACAGAGACCAAAGCUCCUCCGCGGCGCAAGUCCUGCGAGGCAUGCAAAACAGCCAAGCGACGAUGCGACUUGGCAUUCCCAGCAUGCUCGCGGUGCAUGCAAAGAAAUAUCCAAUGCACGUACCCCGGCAGACUGGCCCAGGAUUGUCCCGAGAUAUUCAAUGCCACUCCCAUCAUGAAUAAUUGUGAAACCUUCCACGAUACUAUGACUUCAUAUCCAUCUGAUGCCGAUCUUAUGGCGGCGAUCGACAUGGGUCUCCAUCCGGUCGUGGUCCAUUCGCCGUUCCGGUAUAUCACUAUAGUCCAUCCAGACCAAGGCGUCGAUCUAUAUGAAAACUCUCCACCAAUACAUGAACUUGAACUGGCUCUGCGACGAACCAAUCCACCAAAGCCGCUGUCUGACAUAUUUGCCAGUCGCAUUCAAUUUGCGGUUGAUGUGCUCAAAGAUAUUCCCAGGAUGAUGGUUACUGAGACGCAGACCCCAUGGUGUCAUCGCCAGCUUUAUAAGAAUAAUUUGCCAAAAGAAAUGCAAGAUGCGUUUACCUGUUGUUCUCUCUACAUUACAAAGAACGAAAUCAACGCACCGGUGCUCAUGUCAAUAUUUGACUCCCGAAUUAAUGACCUCCUAUCAUCACCACCACCUACAACACCCUUGGAGCUCCUCGCUCGAAUCCACGCCCUUAUCCUAUACCUCAUAAUGCGACUAUUCGACGGAGACACGAGAUCACAGCCAUCCUCACAGUGCCUAUUUGAUGCAUUAGAAAUUUCGGUCCAGUCUAUACUGGGUUCCAUUUACCUACCCCACCCAUCGGAGCCCCUGGAAUUACUCCCCUUAUCAAUGGACUCGGUAAUGAAUUUCUGGGAUUCAUGGAUAUUCCAGGAAUCAGCUAGGCGCACCGUGAUGAUGGUUUUCUAUUUUAUUUCUAUACAUAAUUUUGUACAAGGGAGACCGCACCCAAUCUGUGAUGGGAGGCUAGGACUUGAACUUGCGUGGUAUCAAUCUGCGCAUUUGUGGAAUGCGCAGAGUGCUUUUGAUUUUGCUGUUGCUUGGACUGAGAAUCUGCAUUUCAUUGUGUAUAAUGCGGACUUCUCGGGUCUGCUUCAGGACGCGAAGCCUGAUGAUGUCGAUUUGUUCGGGAGGAUGUUGAUUGUUACGAAGCUUGGUAUCGAUGAGACUAAGGCUUGGUUCCAUGCCCGUGGUGGUUCGCUGUGA